ACUCGCGAUGUGAUCUUGGCAGGGAAAGGCGAGUAGCAACUUCUAAUCAACAUAAUAAUUAGGUUUAUUGUCUGAAACCAGCUAUAAAUGAUGUAAGAGAGCUUUCGAUCACGUACCAGGGUUAAAACAGGCCAUAGCUUGAAAUAGAGAUCGUUUGGUUCAAAGUCUAGUGAUGUCGGCGGUGAGUGCCAUGGCCCAGAGUUUGCUCUACAAAUCUAUCCUGGCGAGCGAAAUGGACAUCGACCCGGAGCUAAGCAAUCUUAGCUUUGCUCUCAGCACACCUUUUGACCUGGGUCACGAGAAACUUCCUGGACCGCUGCCUCCUCUACCUGCUUGGAUGUUGGACACACCCAUGUAUAGUAAACUCCCCAUGGUUCCGGCGCCUAAGGGCAAGAUCGUUCUCUUCACUACCGGUCUUUGUAAGAAGCUUCAUCAAACACCAGAAAAUCUUGACUUUGAUCCCGUUGCUGCGGGGUUGUGCUGUGAGUAUAAGAGCCUUCACGACCCUCACCUCAAGAGCCAUUACACGAAACAGGUCACCUACGACAGACUCAUCAAUUCCGGGUAUAUCACGCAUGAUGGCAUGGUCAAAUGUACACUGAAAGAGUUCAACGAUUAUCACCAGUAUCUGAAAUCUGUACAACUUGAAAAGAUCACACAGGAACGGAAGAGAAUGUUGCUCAAGGACAGAGACCGGCUCCACCGGCAGCGCAAACAGAGCAUCCGCAAAGAUGUUAGCGAGAGAGACCGGCUUAUCAAAGAUUCUCUCAUUAAGCAGAAGAAAGCUAGGGAGAAGGAAAGAAAAAAGUUAUCUCGUAAGCUCCAGAAUGACUACAGGAAGACGAUGAUGAGGCUGUUGGACCAGCGACGUAAGAAGAAGGCGCUCCAGCAGAGCAGACGGAAGGAGAGCGAGGAGAAGCAUCACAACAUCAGGGCAACACUGGAAGAGGAGGCUCAAUUAAAGAAGAACUCGAUCAAAGCUAAAAGAACGUCGGAGGAGAUCAGACGAGAGGAGCAACUGAAAGCUCAACAUGAAAAGGAGGAGGAGGAAAAGGAGAAAAGGUUGGAAGACCAAUGGACUCGUCGAGAACUCGCCCGGGCGAAGAGGAUGAUGAGAGAAAAACUCCUGGAGGCUCAGAAGAAAGAGGAGAUGCAAGAGCGAGUGCUAAGGAGGGAGGAAAUGGUUGCUAAGCAAUGGGAAACGCAGGAAGAUUAUCUCACCAGUAUUAGAGAAUAUAGACAAAAGUCGGCUUUACGAAAGGAGGUCUUCGUUGGUGAGCGACUUGAGAAGAAAGUAGAGGACUUGUGCCGUAAAUACACCGCAGGACCGAAACGCGGGAGGAGGAGGUUUCCACCGAUCAAUCCCAAGCUGACAACCAACAUGACAACAUGGAAUGUGAAAGAGAAACUCUGCAAGGAGAAAGAGGAGACGGGAUCCACUACCACUAGUACUGAUAAGCUUCCUCCAAUCAUCUAUUCAGAUGAAUCAGGAGUAGACAGACGUCGCAGUGGCCCGCCCUCUAUUGUCAUCUAUGAAACAUCCUCUCUACCUUCUGUUAAAUCCUCAGAGUUUUCCAAGGAGAUUGUCACCAUAGUGGAGGAGUUUGAGCCUCCGACUUCAGUUGUGUCUAUGGGGGAUGCUCCUGUAUCUAUGCCAGAGGUCCUGGACUCCUUCACCAUGGUUGCUAGGCAACUCGUCACCGGCGUCUUCAAGGAGCUGAAAUCUGAUCCAGAGUUCGAUGACGUGGAAUGGGAAGAGGGAAACGAUGGCACAUGGAAGAUGGAUGGACAGAAGGAUCGAUCUCCAUCAGAGAGGUCUGGUGGUCCUGAUGUCUUCAUUGAUGCGAGUGAGGUCAGUCCUUACGCUAGCCUGAUGGUUGCCGAUGCUUUGAAGAAUGUCUUGAACCAGGUAGAAGACACGCAACCUUCCUUGAUGCAGGUUUCCACGAUUGAAGAAAGGGCUCAGUCUAUCGUCUCUAAAGUUCUAGAAAGCGCCAUUGAGAUUGUCCGUCCAUCGAGUCCUGUGAAGAUGGUGAAGAAUGAGCGACCUUCAUCGUCCGAGCUAGCCAGAACCAUUGUCUCAUCUGCCAUAGAGGGCGCACUAACCCGUAUCCAGACUGCAGAAGAAGUGGGUGACGGAGGUCAAAGAUCCUAUGAUUUAGAUGACCGGCUUGGUGAAGAGACCGACGAGGCAGUGGAUCUCUCAUCCAUCAUUGAAAUCUUUAAGGAACCUGUUGACUCGAUCCCGUCCAUCACGCACACCCAAGCCUCAAGUGAAAGCGAGAGCGAAGCCGAAGAAGAGGGCGAUACUGUCAUCGGCAUCGUGGAAAACCCAAUCCUCAUGGACGAGAUCCAGCAUGCCGGAGGCCCUUCGGGCGAUACCGACGUUGACGAGGGCCUGCACGUGGUCAUGCACAAGGCCGAUGACGGCCACCUGGUCAUGGAGGGCGCUGUGCUGACUGCUGAACACGACACGCAGACGAUCACUGAGAGGAUUCUAUCCGAUGUCACCUUGGAGAGGGUUUCAGGCAGUUUGUCAGGGGCAUCAAGUUCCCGCAGCGGACUGACCCGUGAGGAACCAGCAGCGCCCUCAUCAAGCAGCUCCGAAGACGAAGGCGAGGAGAUCCCCGAAGACCACUCCUCGAUCAUCCCGAUCUACCAGAAGAACCUGAUCAACGUCGGAGGACACAUGGUGGAGUCGCAUCUCUCGGCGAUCUCCAUGAAACCCGAGGCAGAUGGGAAGUUCCCCAGCAAGAGCAAGUGUGCUGCCAGGAACUCCUUCAGGAACAUCUUCCGUCCAGACAUGACGUACUGUCAGGGUUCAGCCAGGAUGCUUCGGGAUACCCUGGUCAAAGACAUCUCGAGCCGCCACACGGCCAGUCUGCCGACAGGGAUGGACAUGGUCUGUGAGGUUUUGGAAAAGGAGGAGCAAGACAUCAUGGAGAAGCAUUCGGACGAGGCUCUUGUCGGCGUGGAGGAAACAGAGGGACUUUGUUACCUGCCAACCAAGAGGAGACCCAAACCUGCUCCCGAUCCGGUCCAGACUGAGACUCCUUCAACUGAGCCGGUCAAGACUGAGACAGUUCCUGCCACCGAGCCAACUUUAGCUUCUGAGUCGGUCCAGGCUGAGGGCACACCUGCCUCCGAGCCACUUCAGGCCAGGACAGGUCUUGACGCCGAGCCAGAACAAGUUGAGAAGAAAUCGAGUGACACUCCUGGUAAUGAUGGUGUCCACUCAGCAAAGACCUCAGAAGGUAGAUCUACCAAGUCUGAUGGUGAUCAUCAGGAUACCUUGGUGGAUGCUGAUGGCACAGGUGGUGCAGAUGCUGCAGUAUCAGCAACGGAAGAGAGUCCGAAAGCUACCACUUCAUAUCAUACUGAGCAACAGGUUAUUCCAUCAUCCAAGUCGGCUGAAGAGGCACAAGAGAGGGCGCUCUCCGCAGAGAGAGAAAGCACAAGGCGCGAGGUCUCCACGCACUCUGUCGACGCCUCCCCGAACCUCGCCGAUAGCAGCUCCGGAGAGGACGGCGAAAGCCGCAAGGGUCGGAAAUCGAAGAAGGUGAAGUCUUCGGGCGGGCUGAGCGGGCUGUUCUCUCGCAUCAGCCAUGUCUUUUCCGGGACACGCAAGUCCAGCGCCAGCAUCCCGUCUCACGAAAGCUCGUCGGAACCGGCUAGUCGGCGGUCAUCGAAGAAGAGCAUUGAGAGAUUUACAGCCGGGGCUUUGUCAGAUGGUACACAGGCACCCGAGGAAACACCUAGCAGUGAGGUAAGCCAACCUUCCUCUGUCGGCCUGCACCAAGACUCGAGCAACUUCCAACAUUCCAGCAUCCAACGCGGCUCUAGCAUUCAUCACGGCGCCAGCGUCCAUUUCACAUCGAAGACCAUCGAACCUCCAGCCAGGAGAGAGAGUAUCUACGCCUCCCACCGACCCAAGACGCCCAUUCCUGCGAUGCUCCAAGAUCCAACCCUCGAUGAUGACGAUGAUGACGAUGAGGUGGUCAUUGAUACAGAGAAUCCGAAAGGUGAUGGUCCGGUUCGGGAAGGUGUCGAGGAAGCCAGUUCCGAGGCUUUGGCAACGGGAGAAGAUGCGCCUGCAGGAGAGGAUGAAGAAGAAAAGCAAGCGCCACCUACUGAUCAGCAAGAGAAGGCUGUUGUCAUGGAAUCAGAUACCAAGGCCGAAGCUUUUGUCAUGGAAAUGGCCACCACAGAUGAGGCUGGAGUUCCUUCUGCUGAAAAUGAGAUUACAAAAGCAACAGAUGAGAGCUCUGUUGCCUUGGAAACUGAUGGACACGCCCCUGAGGAAGAAACACCUGAGCCGGAGACUAAAGGUGCAGAUGAAAACACCGAAUCAGCUGAGAAUACCGAUGGGGUUCCAGGUGAAAAGGAAGUUCAAGAGGAAAAACAAGCUGAAGCAUCUGAAGAUGAUCCGCACGCUAAAGAUCCCUCAAAUCCCGAGACUCCACCAGAACGCCCGCUGCAAGUCGAGAACGACAGCAACAAUUCAAACACCGACAGCGGCGCCAAAUCACCCGACCGUCUUCCCUCUAUCCGUACGAGCCAGCUGCAGUCCCCACGAACACCAAGCUCGUCAUCUUCUAGCCGAGCAUACGGGGUGCCUAGUCAGUCGGGAAGCUGCGCUUCUCAGGCUAGUCAACGGCCCAUGCCCCCGACGGUGAGGCCGCCAUCAGAUCGGAGUCCCUCAGGGUCCCAUUCUAUGACCAUUACUGGUCAUUCGUUGACACCUGCAGGAUCUAAGACAGUCAAAUCGGUGACGUCCACCUCAGAGAAAGGGAGGCACGGUGCCCUGAGUCCUAAGGCUCCAGCAUCUGUGCGGAACAGUCGGGCGGGGCUGUCCAACCACAAGCGGAUUUCUUCCCCGCGUAGGAAGUCUACCGUGUCGAGCCAGUCAGCUGGCAAGGUCAAGAGUGCGUACGGAAGCUCUGCUGGUCUUUCAGUAAGUGGAUAUCAAAUCCUUCCCACCAAGCCGUCCAAGUCGACCUCCUCCAGCAGACGUGCGUCUCGCAAUCAGGCCAGUCUGAUCAGCGCGACAGAGCUUGGAAUGUCGCGGACUUCCAGGACCAAGCACGGGAGCCGUGGUAGCGUGAUCACGCCUAGACCUCCCUCUGGUAUCAAGCCGUCGGGUUCCACUCAGUCGGGUCAUCGUGGAGUCAGGCAACCAUCUGGAACUCAAGCCGUGUCAAACCCAACCCUUCCAACCUCCAAAGGUAGCUCUUCGGUUCUUGUCAAUCAUCGUAGCUCCAACGAAAGGCUGCUGCCGCGUCGGGCAUCCCUGGAGAAAGAAAACCGGAUGGAGCGCCUGUCUACGGAGAGCGUGACUAACAAAAGAUCCAGCAAGGAGAAAGUCGGGAAGAAGAAAUCCAGCGGUACCCAACAAGCAACAGAAGAGCCGGUUGAUGACCAGAAGCCUGCUGCCACUAUGCCUAAGAUCAAGGAGUCCCUGACCCCUCGACCUCCCAGUCAACCUGCAACCUCGAAACAGAGGUCGCGACCUAACUCAGGAAUCAAGAAAGCUGCCGAAGAUAAUGCCUCAGAUGCCGGACAAAAUAUGCUUGGCAAUGACCAGGCUGCAUCAGAGGACUAAAAUAAAGAGAUUGCUAUCUGAAUAUGAUGAUACUGCAUUGAUGAACAAACAAAUCAUUAAGGAAAAGAAAUUGAUGAAUCGCUCUUAUAAUAAACUGCUGUGACUAGAAUAAGGGAUUUACUACAGUAUUGAAGAAACAUAAAAAAGGCUUGUUAAAAUUGAAUAUGGUGAUACUUGGUGAUAAACAGAAAAAUCGUAGAGGAAAAGAAAUGAAGAAACUCUGCUAUUAUUAGGCUACAAUAAUAAUAAUAAACUGAUAAGGGGGAAAUGAUUAUAAUUUCAAUCAAUGUUUGUUUUUAAUGAAGGUAAAGGAAUCUUUGAAGAAAAAUAUUUUAGAAAAGAAAAUAGUAAUUAACUGACUUAUUGGAAUCAUGGUGACAAAAUGCGUCAGUAGUUAUUAAUUCAUUUUCGGAAAAGAAAAUGAUUAUGAAUGCAGUUGAUAUUAUAUUACAUGGCAGUGAAAAUAACAAAUAAUCAUUGAUGUUAUUUAUCAUUUCAAUAAAAUUACAGCAUAUCUUUAUUUUUUUAUUAUUAGUUAUCUUUAUUUCUGAUUGUCAAGUUUUGAUUUGAAAAAAUUACCCAAUCCUUUCAAAAUGAAUGUAUUGAUGCUAUUUAGAAAUAUUAUUUUUGUUUGGCGUCACCUGUGCCUGGGAGGCGAAAAGCGAACUGAAUCACUAUGACCCGCAGGUCUCUCCUCCCGAUAUAACUGAUUGGGGGGAAUGCAGGUGGACCACUACACAGGGGUUUCCCCCUACUCUUAUAUGAAUAGUGCAGUGGGUUCUUAACGUGCAAAGGUGGUGACUCUCCUCUACACGGGGCCUCCAUUUAAUGUCCUAUCCGAGGGAUGGAGUGUUUUCCAUUGUAACAUAGCCUGCAUCUAUGAAACAUGGGAGAGACGUUUACACACAACGCACUGGCUUCAGUCAUCCGCCCUGGGUGGACUCAAACCCACGAUCUUUGGUUCGACAGGCAGACGCGUUACCGACUGAGCCAACAACCGAUAUGAUAUCUGGAAAAAAUUCUUGCAAAUAAUAUGUGUAUGGAUUAUUUUAGAUUUGCCGAUACCGGCAUAAAGUCUUCAAUAAGAUUAUUUGCUUGUGAAGAAAUAAUUUUGAAAAAGGCGGGUAUUGAAGUAUUCAGCAUUAUUUUACUUUUUUUGUGAAAGUAAGAAUAUAUUUUAUUGGAGCAAUAUAAUGAAUAAUUUCCAAAGCAGCUGAUCAUCUUCAAUGAAUGUAAUUGUUAAAACGAGACCCGAAAAAAAUUCUUGCCAGGCAUGUUUUUUUAAUUAUUUAUAGUGGAUAGCAAAAAAUCAUUUAGCAUAUAUAUUUUACAUCAUGAAAUUAAUUUAUCUUUGAAUGGAAUCAUACAAGAAACAAGUGUGUGUUAGUGUGGAUUUGUGUGUGUGUGUGUGUGUGUGACGGAACAUUUCUUGCUAGAUUUUUAAUUAUUUAGAGAGGAGAUAGAAUACAUAUUUAGUCUAUAUUUUUUUAUCAUGAAGUCAAGAAUAAAAAUCAUAUUUGAAUGAAACCAUUUGAGAAACAACUGUGAGUUGAUAAUUUAUUUUUGCGUGUAAUUAAUGGAAUCAUUAUAGCAAGACUGAAUAUUUAUUGCCAGAUAUAUUUUUCUAUUUAUAUAGGAGAUGAAAUAUUUUAUCUAUAUUUUUGCAUCAUGAAGAGAUGAUUAAAUUCAGAUUUGAAUG